UCUAGUCGGCAGUUAUAAAAUUUUUCCCGAUCGAACAACCCAUGCAAAUUUCAGUUUCUGUUUUGCAACGCGUCAUGCGUUUCAUAGUUCGACCGGCGAAAUUGUUUUAACCGAAAAAUUAAAGUGUCAGUAAAUUUCAAAUUGCACAAUCUAGUUUAAAUUAUACCUUGGCUCUUUUAAUAGUAUUGAUUUCGAUUUGACCAAUAUGAUUAAGCAUUUACCUAAAAAAAAUCUCAAGAACGAUGCUAUCGCAAGGAGUGAUGGGUCAGAUGGACCACAAGACGACUUCGAAGAAAAUAGGCUCUUCAAAACAUUGCCAUUGACUGCCAAAAUAGAACUGUGUGGUGCUACCGAUAAGAAAAGUGAGAAGCAUUUUAAUGACAAAUCAGAGGAAACGAAGGAUCCAAUUAGCCAAUUUCAUACUCCAGAGGACUUUCAAGACUCUGCAAAGCAGAGACAAGAAAAAUUAUCACUUUUAGUCAAACGAAUUGAUGCUGCAUGUGAAGAUACCUAUACCAAGGCCGAGAAAGAUGAAAUCAAGUCACCGACUUCAUCAAACAGCAGUAAUAUAAUAGAAAUAAAAUUUAAUGAUAAUAGAAGUGAUAGAAAGGCAGAAAAAAAUAACAGUGGUACAGCUGAUGUUUUGAACGUAUCAAGAAGUCAAACUCCAUUGACAUUGACCCAUCAAUUACACGAAGACGAUAACAUUGGAGAUGGAUUUUUGCAAUGCCCUUCGUUAAAUGUAAGGUGGAUUGGAUCGCCCAAAACAUCCUUUGAAGAUUUAGUUACAAAUGUUGACUUCACACCUGAGAAUCUAAAAAAACGGCUUGGUGAUUGGCUGCAUGGUAGUGGCACCAUUAGCAAAUUAAGGUCAUAUUUUAGAGGACUUGUAGUAACUGCACUCGAUCAGGUCCCUUAUUCUCCACCUGCCCAACAAUAUUGUGGAAUCCAUGAAAGCAUUUGUCUUCUUGUGGCUGAUUUCUUGCUUCAGAACAAAAUGGAAUUUAGUAUUUGUGUCUUUUGUACUGAAAUUGUCUCCUUAUUAGGUACAUAUAAUAGAUUGAAAGGCUUUGCUUCGAAGUUAAUAAACCAGGAAACAGUAAUGGGCAUUAAGGAACCCCUUAUGGAUUGUGCUGAUGUAUUUUUUAUAUUGAAUACAUUUAAUAUUCACCCUGAAGGUGCAGUGGCUAAAGAUAUUUUGAAAAGAUAUUAUGAAGAUCGAAACGGAUCACUUCUAGCUGUCAUGCUAGUUGUCCAGCUUGUCGACUCAUGGACAAUGAGAAAAGAAUACGAGCAAGAAGAACACACUCAAAUUCUUACUUAUCUGUCAGAGUAUAAACUUGAAUUUAAAAAUAUUGUUUCAAAAACAUUCUCAAAAGUGCAAGAAUUGAAAAUGGUUCAAACUCAAGCAAACAGAUUAUAUAAGUCUGAACUAGUGCGGGUACGCACAAUGGAAGCAGCAAAAUAUGACAAAAUGUUGAGUGCUUAUAAAGAGAGACAGACGAAAUUACUUCAAAUUCUCUCUGAGUUUGAAAAAUGUAUGAAUUGCCAGAAAGAGACUUUCAGAAAGGCUAAUGUUUCUGAAGAGGAAGUUCUUUUGGAAUAUGCAAAUAAAUUGACUUCAUAUUUUUAUGAAUUGAAAGAGCAUAUGAAUUUAGUGGAGGAAAAAGAAAAAGAUCUGGCGAGAAGAGAAAAUGAAUUAGAAACUAAAAUCACAAGUAUUUCACAACUGAAUACCGAUGAAAAGCAAGAUAGUUCUUAUAUUUUUCCAACAUUGCAACCGAGGAAUAAAAGCAAAACAUCUCUUAGAAGAUUAGAACAGCUAAGAAGGAAGAGGCGUAAUAAAAAGAUGUUUCGACAUCAUCUCAAAGAUAAGGAUUUAUCAGAGAAUUUGAUCAAAAAACUAUCAAUGAAUGGGAAAUGCGACUCUUCUCAGUUUUGUCAAACGGAGCUCACCCUACCUCCAGACUCAUUGUGCUAUUUUCGAGACAAGUCUCCAGAAAUGACAUUUUCCGGUGGACAAAAUUAUCACCCACACUCAGACUGUUUUCAAUUACACGAUGAAAACAUGCAGCUGCGAGCGAUCAUUUUCGAACAGCAGAAAAGGAUAGACUCUCUUACGAAAAGAAGCCAAGAACUCAUAUCCGAAGUGACGCUAUCAAGAGACAAGAGCAGUACUAUACUCAUCGACCCAUUGUCACUGGAUAGGCCCAGGACUGGCGACUAUCACCAAUCGAAUAUUUUCGAAAAUCAAAAACAAACAGGAAACAGCAAUGGCAGCGUACACCAACGUCAGUCGGAACUUAACAAUCUUGCUUUGUUCGAACUAGCCAUAAACGAUGCUAAAAAUAAAUGUUUCUCUCUCAAAAUGGAGGCGGAGAUGGUCGAAAAUUACUACGACGACAUGUCAGACGGCGAUCACGCUCUUCAAGAAGUGCAAAAUCACCCUUUACUAUCACAGUUUUUAGAAGAAACCUUUGUGGAAAAUCAAAACAAUACGGCUUGCAGCGAAAAGUCGAAUCAAGAGUUUCCUAAAUCCAGCAUGGAAAGCGUUAACAUUGUUAGCAUGUCAAGUGGGGAUUCGGGGAGCAACGGCAGCCUGACGGAUUUUUUAUUAUCCGCUAAAAAUGCCACGAAUUCGGAAACGAACAUGAUUAAAAAUGUCGUUGCUGUAGCCAAAGCGGCGCAGAAUCACGACGAAUCAUGUGAAAGUGACGAUGCCGAUAGUUCCAACUUCUAGGUUAUAAAGAAUCAAAGGAAAGUUGUACUAAAAAAAAAAA